AUGGGUUUUCGAGGCAUUGGCUUUCUGCUCCAGUGUUACCUGAUGCUGGCCACAGCGAUGUAUUUUGAUCUGGGAGAACAGGAGGAAAAGUGCAUCAUCGAGGAGAUUCCAGAGGACACGCUGGUGACCGGUUAUUUCUUGUUGGAGCCUUGGGAUGUGAAGUCAAUCCACAACUCCCCCCACUUUGGUGCCACUGUGACAAUCAGAGACCCAAACCAUGAGGUUGUGAUGACCAAGCGCUUUGGUAAAUUUGGUAAAUUCACCUUCACAGCUCACGCCUCUGGUCAGCACUAUCUUUGCUUCCAAACCAACUCCACCAGGUUCUCUGUCUUUGCUGGAGAACGACUGAAGCUGCACGUGGACGUUCAGAUGGGAGAGCACGCGAUUGAACCCGAUACCGACAAGACCAAAGACAACAUGAAGACACUGGAGAACAGCCUCAGACACCUCGUGGAUCAGAUGAUGUACAUCAGCAGACAGCAGGAGUACCAGCGGGAGAAAGAGGAGAAGUUUCGACACAUCAGCGAGACCACCAACUCCAAAGUGCUGUGGUGGGCCGUGGUGCAGACGUCCAUUCUGCUCACGGUCGGUUUCUGGCAGAUGAAACGACUCAAGGAAUUCUUCAUUGCCAAGAAGCUGGUGUGA